AUGAGACUGGGUUGUGGAAAACUCAACCAUCAAAGCCCAGAUGAGGCGAGCACGCCUAUGUUGAUACAAACCAAACAACAAUGUGUUGUGAGUAAACCCGAUGAGAGAACAGCCCAACACACACACACAUUCACACAUUUAGGGGGGAGGAGGGGGGGUCAAAAUCAACUCUGGAAACUUCCAGAACCCAAAUGCUUUAGCUUCUGCAUCAGUGUCUUUACUGAAGCUGUCACUGAUUCCUGACACAUUUGUUCACUGAGCAGCACGCAGGGUAGGCAGGCUGAAUGAGUCUGUGGUGGCAUGGUUUUUUUAAAGGUACCAAAACCACAGAAGCUACUGAAGAUAUGAACUUUGCAUCUUACAUAGAAAUUCUCAAACAGUUUUUGCCUGCAGUCGUGAGUUUGUAAAAUUUUCAGCAAAGAAAUGAAACCAAACAAGUCUACUUUGAUCUCCUGAAAGUUUGGCUACAAAACCAUCUCAGCUUUUUGUCACAUUCUGAGAUUGUUCACAAAAAGCUUUGUCAAAAUUUCAUGUUUUAAAUCACCACUAAAAGAAAAGUUUUUUUUUUAUUUUUUUUUAAAAACCUACAGGAAUCUGGACACUGUCUGGUUAUGGGAACACAAAUUCUCCUGACUCGAAUUGUAUUUUAAACAAACGUGUCAUUUUUCGUUCCACUGACUAAAUGUAACCGUUAUUCUCUUUACAGAUUGUUUUGUUUAUGUUGAGGGAGGCUGUUUUGCAGAGUGACAUUUAAGCAGAAGUCACCAUUUCUUUUUACUUUUAUAAACUGUACGAUUGUAAUUGCUUCAUAAAAAUGUUUUUUGAAAGGUUCUGCCUUAUUUAAACCUUUUAUGUUCAAACAUGGAAUAUCAGCCCUGCCCCAUGUUUAGACAAUAUUUAAAUUCUUAGAGCAUUCCCAUUUUGGUUUGUUAAUAUUCUAAAACUGAGUCCAAACCUGUUGAAGUUUGAGCUGAUAACCCCACAGAUGUUCCUCCAGGUCCAGAAGACUCUAAAAAGCUCUUCACGAAAUUACUCAACAUUUGAAUUUAAACUAUUUAUUGUUUUUUUUUUAUUCUGGAAAAAAAUAUCUGAAAUCCCAAAAACAUUAGAUAGAUAAAUUUUUAUAUAUUAAAAAUACGAAUUUAUACUAAUUUUGUCGGAAUAAAUGCAAGAAACAUUUUUAGAAAACCUAAAGGUAUAGGAAACAGAGUUUUUUCUGUCAAAACUGUUGUCAUAUUGUGACUAAAAGGUCACCAAAGUUCGUAGCUAAAAUGAGGGACACGGCGGCGCCCACAGCAGAAACAGGAGCUGGCCAGCCGUCGUGCUUAAGGAGGACAAACUGCGUUGCCAUGACGAUGAGGUCCGUUCGGGAUGCGGGACGACAGGAGAGUCUCUGGGAAAUGGAUCUAAAACUGAACUUUUAUCCUAAAAAAAAGGUUUUUGUAUUUAGAACGAAUGAUUUCACGUUCGAUGGAAGCUGAAUUAUAUUCCCGUUUUUGGUAGUCAUAUUCCCACAGGAGCUGUGAAAAGAACAAUUUACCUUAGCUCUGAAGAACCAUCUUCUGCUAAGCCUUCGAUAAAAGUCUCCUGAUCAGUGAUUGUGUGGUCUAAUUUGAUUAUCACACAUGUGGAUUUCAUAUUUGUUCAACUGUUGCUUCAUAUGAGUCAAAAAGUGACAGAAUUGGGGGCUGAACUGUUCCAGGUGGCAAAAUCCCCCGUUCCCGUGUCCCCCUGGAACUAAUAAGGCAGUCCAUUUUCACCCUUUGAGUCCCUGCAUCGGCUGGAAUGACUGAUUUACGGCUGAGACGCAGCCCAAACUCAAACAAUUAUACAUGUGCUGUAUUUCACCCUCAUAUAGCUGCUCUGUGUGAACACUUUCCCAUCGUGUUCGCACUGGCCCGCGUUCAUGAGCCUCUCAGAGUGAGUCCAGAAAUCUGUUCUGCCUCAUUAGGACAAUAAUCUGAUUUGAGGUUGGGAGAGUGUAAACCUACACUGCUUAGAGUUCUGAUCUCAUUUGAAGCCUCGGCACAGCCAAAGAAAUGCUGCCGAGGUCCUGCACGGGGACUAGCAUUCGGGUCGGGUUUUUUUGGGGGGUGGGGGUGUACAGUCUGGUUGAGGCAAAAGGGACAUUUGUGAGGUUGACAUCUAUAGUUAGAUGAUCACCUCAGAUGGACUCACGUGAUGCACGUGCGUUUCUGAUUUGAACAGGACAAAUGCGCGUAUUAACAUUUCUUCCUCAGUGAGAUAAAAAGUCAUCUUUGGUAAAUUUAAGCGACAUGAAAAAGACAAAUUAAAUGUUGUUUUUGUGUGUUCAAUGUAAAACAGCGUCACGGUGCAGAGAUCACACAUUGAAGGCGCAGAACUGCUGCUCCAAACCAGAGAGGCGCGCGACGGCGGCGCAGCGCAGGCCCAGAAAUCUCUUCCCAGGCUGAGAAAAGGGCUGUAGUCCGUGGCGCAGCCCUCACAUGUUAUGAGAAAACCAUAGUGCGUUCACGUGGAAUCCACACUACUCACAGAGGCAGGGUAAGAAAGCACAUCCAGGUUUCUGCUGCGCUCCGCGGGGACACCAAACAACCUCCGAGCUGAAGUCGAGGAAGAACCACGAAACUGAUUGAAGAGUUUCCUAAAUACGCGCUUCACGUUUUCCAAUGCACACAUUUCUGCUUAAAUUGUGGGAGAGUGUCCUGUCAUAUCUUUGAGCUCUCUCAAGAAACAGCAAAUAAUUAGGAGCUUUACAUAAAUUAGACAUCAUUAAUGAAGUUCUCGUGCUGAUUAGCAGGAAAAAGCUCCGCGUCUUCAUGACAGCAGCAGCAGUCCGCGCAGCAUGAAGCUUUGAGGUGAAUGUUUAUGGAUUUACAGGCAGACAGUUUCAGGUUGAGCACUUCAAUCAGUGUUGCGUUUCAUCUUGGCUGCAGCCUGCACGCUCCGCCUGCUCCCAGCAAAGAAAAUCGACUUUCCCGUAAGUUGGAGUCUUUAAAUGUGGACGCGCAGAUGCUGUUUGCUCUCAGGACGCACCACAAGGAUCAGUCGGAGUGUGCUGGAGCUCCACCGCGAAAGACAGCCGCUGGGGCGAAGUAACCGGACGCGCUUCAGCCUGGAAGUCUCGCGCUCUGUCAAAGCUGCCAAAGAGGAAGGUUCCUGUCAGAAAGCAUCACGGAGUGGCACAAAGAGGAUGUGAUGGUUCGGUGACGGCGACGCGCUCCCCGGAGUUUGAACGCAUCCAAGACUUUGUGAACUUGUUCAGUCUGCGCGCGGAGCGGCUGCGGACCGCGCGCCUGAACCCGAGACGCGUUUGGAUAUCUUAAUUGCCGCGGGUCUCCCUGUUCGUAGGUGCGCAGGGGCGGUGAAGGUCAGCUUAAAUCGCAUCAGGAGAAGCUUUCUUUCCAGUUUCAGCACUGGAUGAGCGGAAUAUUCAUGAAGCAGUAUCUGAACUUCUGCAGGAUGAGGCUGAGAGCAUCGAGGUUAGGUUAUCUGUUCCUUCAGUUGGCGGCGCUUUGCUUUUACGCACAGAACUCCGUGCAGUCUCCUCCGAACUUCAAGCAGCAUGUGACGGAGCAGAGCCGGCUGUCGGACCGCAUGAGCCGCAGGCUGACCCGAACCUACCAGCUGUACAGCAGAACCAGCGGGAAGCACGUCCAGGUUCUGGCCAACAGGAGGGUCAACGCCAACGGGGACGACGGCGCGGCUCACGCAAAGCUGGAGGUGGAGACGGACUCCUUUGGAAGUCGUGUUCGCAUUAAAGGAAUGAAGACGGGAUACUACAUAUGCAUGAACAGGAAAGGGAAGCUGAUUGGAAAGAGGAAAGGACGAGGCAAAGACUGCAUCUUCACCGAGAUUGUUCUGGAGAACAACUACACGGCACUCCAGAACGCCAAGUACGAGGGCUGGUACAUGGCUUUCACGCGCAAGGGCCGCCCAAGGAAGGCCUCCAAGACCAAGCAGCACCAGAGGGAGGCCCACUUCAUGAAGCGCCUCCCGAGGGGGCACCUGCUGAGUGAAAGGAGGCCGUUUGAUACGCUUCCUCUGCCCGUCCCCGUUCAGCCUUUCAGCAAGCGGACUAAGCACUCCCAUCAGCUGCGCUCGGAGGGUCGCUGAGGGACAAGCGGCACAGCAGAGGCGCCGCCGACAGCUCCAGACUGGAGGGAAACCUGCAUGUACGCCUAAGUGCCCGAAGGCCUCGUUUGUGGAUUUACUGAGUAAUUCUUGGUACUGAAUUGUAGAUAAACUAUCUAAUCUGCUAGUUAUUUCCAAUUCAGAUGAUCAUGGGGGGGGGGGGGGUCUCCUCAACAAAACUGUCCUGGAUGAGAGUUUGGGGGCAGAAAACUGCAUCAGAGAAUGUUUGAAAGGAGGGAAGUAGACGUGGCAGCUAUCUGGGCUUCCAGCAUCUGAGUCCCGCCUCACCUGUGGGACACGUAACCUGUUCUUUUCUACAUAUAUGAAUAUAUUUUUACUGUAAAAAUGUAAAUCAAAUAUUUAUUGUAGAGUGUAUAUUAAAACCACUAAAGAAAAGGUCCA